AUGCCAGACAUACCUGUUGUUGUCUUGGGAGGAGGUGGCGUUGGCAAAAGCUGUCUCACGAUUCAGUAUAUUCAAGGUCACUUCGUGGACAAGUAUGAUGCCACUAUAGAGGAUGUAUAUCGCAAACCCAUUGAUGUGGACAACGAACCAGCAGUAUUGACAAUAGUAGACACGGCAGGGCAAGACGCCUUUGGUGCGAUGCGUGAUCAAUAUCUUAAAAAGGGUCAAGGUUUCGUUCUUGUCUAUAGUAUCACUGAUGCUGAGAGUUUUCAGCAGCUCAAGAGGAUUUACGCACAACUUCGUCGUGUGAAAGGUGAUCAAUCGGUUCCCUGUGUCGUUGUCGGUAACAAGAUUGACGAGUUGAACUACAGAGCUGUAUCUACUGAGGAAGGCAGCCAGUUUGCAGCACAAGCAAACUCUCCUUUCCUAGAAGUGACAGCCAAGAAUCGACGGAUGGCAGAAAAUGUCUUUGAAACUCUCGUUCGUACAAUUCGAAAUACUACCGCUCCUCUUACGGGGAACUCCGGCAAUGCUGCAAUGAUUUCUCAAGCAGAAGGGUCAAGAGGUGAAAUUGGAUAUCGGACGCAAGACGUGACUCCGGUACAGCAGUCUGUGAGCCCUUCCAUACCAUCACCUGUUCAGGCAAAGAAAAAAAAAAAGAGCAAGUGUACACUACUAUAA